AUGGCCGCAACACGACUGAUGCAUGAGCUGGAGGACAUCGACAGCACCGAGGUGCUGAGAGACCUGAUGCACGUGCUGACAUCCACCCCCCUGGCAACACUGUGCGAGGCGGCGGCGCUGAAGCGCGACGAGGCCCACGGCUGCGUCGUCACCUUCAGCCCCAAGGUCUUCCUGCCCCUCACCCGUCUCUGCCGCGACUCCUGCGCCUAUUGCACCUUUGCCGCGCCGCCCCGUCCUGGCGCACGCUGCUACAUGACCCCGGAAGAGGUCGUCGGCCUGGCGCGCGCCGGCGCCGCUGUCGGCUGCACCGAGGCCCUCUUCACGUUGGGCGACAGGCCCGAGGCGCGGUACCCCGAGGCGGCAUGCGAGCUGGCGGAGCUGGGCCACGCCUCCACGCUGUCUUAUGUGACCGCGGCGGCGGGGGAGGUGCUGCGCGCCACGCCCCUGCUUCCCCACGUCAACGCCGGGGUCGUGGCUGGGCCCGCGCUGUCGGCCCUGCGCGCCGUAUCCGCCAGCCAGGGGCUGAUGCUGGAGGGCACGGCCCCAGCGCUGGCGGCGCCGGGCGGCCCCCACCACGACUGCCCGGACAAGGACCCCACCGCGCGCCUGCGCUGCAUCGAGGAGGCCGGCGAACGCGGUGUGCCCUUCACCACAGGCCUGCUGCUGGGCAUCGGGGAGGGGAGGGCGGACACGGUCGACGCGUUGCGCGCGCUGCGCGCGCUGCACCGCCGGCACGGGCACGUCCAGGAGCUGAUCCUGCAGCCCUUCGUGCCCAAGCCCGGCACGGGCAUGGCGCGCACGCCUCCGCCGGACAGGGCCUACACGCUCUGGGCGGUCGCGGCGGCGCGCCUCAUGUUCGAACCGGGGAUGAGCGUGCAGUCGCCGCCCAACCUGGCGGCGGGGGGCGAGGGGGAGUGGGAGGCGCUGCUCCGUGCCGGGGUCAACGACUGGGGCGGGGUCAGCCCGCUCACGCGCGACUGGGUGAACCCCGAGAAGGCGUGGCCGCACUUGGCCUCGCUGGCGCGGGCCACCGCCGCCGAAGGCAAGCUGCUGCUCCCGCGCCUCCCCGUCUACCCCUCGCACUCCACCCUGGACCAGCGCGGGCGGUGGCUGGACGGGCGGCGCGGCGCGGGAAGCCCGCUGGCGGCCGUCCUCCGGGCCUCGGACGCCUCAGGGCUGAGCCGGGGGAGCAGUUGGUGGCCAGGCCAAGAUGCCAAGGACCGGGAGGAGUCAAUGGAAGGGGUGGAAGCCGGGCGCACGGAUGUGGACGAUGCUGCGCCCUCUGUUCAACACAGCAACAGAGCAACGCAUGCGCAUGUGCCCAGCCCUACCACAAGAAGCGCCGCCUGGCGGGUGUCCCUGUGCCGAGAUGGGGCGCUCGAAGCCAUGCCCCGGCCUGAACGGGCCAGUAAUGCACUGACAGAGCUCGCAGUGGCGCUGGCAAGUGGGCAAUACGCCCCGGCAGAGGCGGAGGUGCGGCUCCUGCUGGGCGCGCGUGGGGCCGACUUCGAGGCGGUCUGCGCGGCGGCCGACAACGUGCGCCGGCGGCUGCAUGGCGACGAGGUCACCUACGUGGUGAACCGCAACAUCAACUACACCAACCUCUGCGCGUAUGCCUGCGGCUUUUGUGCCUUCUCCAAGGGACCGUCCGAUGCAAGGGGAAGCCCAUACCUCCUGACGAAGGCUGAGGUUGGGCGGCGGGUUGCCGAGGCGUGGGCUCGAGGAGCCUCGGAGGUCUGCAUGCAGGGAGGCAUCCACCAUGACUUUGACGGGAACACCUACCUCGGCCUGCUGGAGGCCGCCAAGAGCGCCGCGCCCAAUAUCCACGUUCACGCCUUCAGCCCGCUGGAGGUCUGGCACGGGGCAAGCACGCUGGACAUGUCCCUGCCCCGCUACCUGUCCGCACUCAAGUCGGCAGGUCUGGGCUCCCUGCCGGGCACGGCGGCAGAGGUGCUGGACGCGCCAGUGCGGGCGGCCAUCUGCCCCGACAAGCUCAGCACGGAGGAGUGGCUGGAGGUUGCGGCGGCAGCGCACGACGCAGGCCUCCCCACCACCUCCACCAUCAUGUUUGGAUCGGUGGAGGGCCCCGAGAGCUGGGCCCGGCACCUGCUGCGCCUGCGCUCGCUCGCCGCGCGCAGCCGCCUGGUCACAGAGUUCGUGCCCCUGCCCUUUGUGCACAUGGAGGCGCCGCUGUACCGCCGGGGUCAAGCGCGGCGGGGCCCCACCCUGCACGAGUGCACGCUCCUGCACGCUGUUUCGCGCCUCGUCUUUGCAGACGGGUGCAUCCCCAGCAUCCAGGCCAGUUGGGUGAAGAUGGGCCCGUCUGAGGCUGCGGGCCUGCUGAGGGCCGGCUGCAACGACAUGGGAGGGGUGCUGAUGAACGAGUCCAUCAGCAGGGCGGCCGGCGCCUCCCAUGGGCAGGAGCUGGGCCCACAAGCCAUGGAUGAUCUCAUCCGCACAGCAGAUGGUGUACUCAUGACCACACUCAUGUAUCACAGAGCACUGGAAGGCGCUCUAAACUGA